AUGAACAGACGCAUGCAUCGACCAUCCGAACCACCACCACCACCACCCCCAGCAGCAGCAGCAGCAGCAGCAGCAGCAGCAGCAGCAGAUGAGGGGGAUAGCGUGUGGCGGCGGGGGGAGGGUGGUGUUAGUGGUGGGGUUGUUGUUGGUGGUGUUGGUGGUGUUGGGGGCCGGGAUACGGGUGUGGGGUUUGUUGUGGGGCGAUCCCCAUCAGACGCUCUGAGUGGAGGAGACGAUCCCGAGGAGAAGAGCUUUAUGGGGGGUGUAGAGAGGGGCAAGUCUCUGCGUAUACAAUUGAUUCCUCCCUGGGGUUCAGUACCCUUCAUUCCCCCCUACCACAAAAACUUAGAGAACGCGAGAGUGCGGCUGCGGGUGCUGGACGUGGAGCACUGCCCGUGGGCUGUGUAUAGCCUGGCUUCAGUUGACGAGGCUCUGCAGACGAUAGAGUUUAUCCCCCACCAGCAGCAGCAGCAGCAGCAGCAGCAGCAGCAGCAGGGGAUGCUGCAGCAGCAACACACUCAACCCAGCAGCAACUAA